AUGUCGUUUUUGUCGCAAUUGCUGUUCAAAUCUAAGGUUGGACUUGGACUUCUUGUGUCGUAUACUCUGUUUGAAGUGUAUAUGCAUUUUCGGACCCAGAUGGUAAUAAAUGACCGAAAAAGGGAGUUCAGCAAGCUUGAACGCGCAGAAAAAUCAAUAGAGGACGUUGAUGUCAAGAAAUUCAAGUCGGCUGUCGUUGCCGGAAUGUUUGUCAAUCCUUUUGAAGAGUACAGAAACCAGACUGCAUUUGAAUUUAUGUUAGUAAGAGUCAUGGAACUUCUAGAAUCGCUCUAUGGUAAUCGAUUCGAGUUGCACAAGAAGUUACCCCAUCCACACGACGGAGCUGUCGAAGUUGAAGACUUGUUGAAGCUCUUCAAGCCGGAUUUAGAACAAAUGAGAGCUAACUCUACCAUCUUGCAAUCUUGUAUAGCCUCGGGAAAUUUUGACAAAAUGAGUCAAGUGCCCAACCAAAGCUGGUUUAAAAAGCUUACAGGUGAUCUGUUGCCACAACUUAACAACCAGAUGCUUUUCACGUGGGUGGGCCAGUCAUGCUCGUUGGUUCAGAUUGCAGGAAUCAAUUUCCUCACCGAUCCAAUUUUUGGCGAUCAUCUUAUAGGCAAAUCCGUAGGUCCCAAACGGUUGACCAAGUCUCCAUUGAGUGUAGAAGAUGUCAAUUAUGCCUCCAACAACAAGCUAGACUUCGUGUUGGUGUCACAUGACCAUCCAGAUCACCUUGAAAUGGAUGUUGCUAAACAGUUAGGCAAUUCCACUACCUGGAUCGUUCCCUUAGGACUCAAGCUGAGAUUGGCACGUAAAGGAAUCUUCAAGAUCAUAGAAAUGGACUGGUGGGACGUUGUAGAUCUUACUCCGUAUAUAGCUCCCAACGGAGGCUUGAAGGAUAAGUAUGAAGUUGUAUGUGUUCCAGCCAUGCAUUGGUCAGGAAGGUAUAUCUUUGACUCCAACAUGUCGUUGUGGUGUUCUUUUAUAAUCAGAAGAAACGGGGAAACGCUUCUCUACCAUGCCGGAGACACUGGAUAUCUGAAGGAACUCUUUGAAGUUAUAGGUCGCAAGUAUGGGCCACUGCAUCUUGCGCUUCUACCUAUUGGCCAGUAUUGUCCGUCAUGGCAUCAGAAACCAAGACAUAUUUCACCAGAAGAGUCGCUUGAAAUUUGCAGACAUGUCAAAGCCAAAUAUAUGAAGGGGGUCCAUUGGGGUACGUUCAAGUUAAGUGGAGAACCUAUUCUCGAACCUAAGACGUUGUUGGAGGAGUUGACAGAAAAGGCUGGAACUCAGAGUCACUACCGUGUCCCCGAUUUCGGCUUAACGUACUUGUACAACUUGAAGAAUGGGAAGGAAACAGCUGUUCAUGUGUGA